AUAUUAAUAAUAAUGAAUCCAGCAGUGAAAAACUUAAUUUUCUUGUUAAAAACCCUAAAAAAUCUAAAGAAAAACAGAGUAGUCGUGGUGGUGGUAGAUAUCCUGAUGAUAAAUUUGAAGAUAAUGAUUCAGGAUAA